AUGUCCUUCCCAGUGAUAGUGGCUGGUGUACUCGGUCUUCUGGUGAGGAUGGCUGUACCAAUGUGCAUCCCUACUGAAUACACUCUCUACAUUGAGAAGCCAGGGUGCAACUACUGUGUGGCUGUUAACACCACCAUCUGCAUGGGCUUCUGUUUUUCUAGAGACAGUAACAUGAAGGAGCUACUGGGGACUCGCUUUCUGAUCCAAAGGAGCUGUACCUAUCAGGAUAUGGAGUUUCAUACAGCAGUUCUUCCUGGCUGUGCCCCCUAUGCGGAUCCAUACUUCACCUACCCCGUUGCUCUUAGCUGCCACUGCAGCAUGUGCAACACACGUAGUGAUGAGUGCGCCCGGAAAACUGGCAUCCCUUCUGGAAAGUGCACCAAAUCAAUCCAACACUUACACCCUUACUCAGAAGAAGGUGACUCCGACUAGCCCAGCUUGAGUGAUAUUUCUGUUCACAGCUAUAUCUGAGUUCAUGUCUGGAUCUGUGUU